AUGCCCGUCACCGAGUUUGCCAUCCUCCACCUUAAGGAACCUACCCCCUUAAACGACUCAGUCCGCGCCAUCCUCGCCUCAGCCAUGCGUCUCCAAGAAGAAUGGCACGCAGCCGCCUCCCCCAAUUCCGGCGCAGCUGCCGUGGACCGUGCAGCCGUUUGGUUCACACAGAUCGAAGAUCCUACCCGGAUCAUGACCACGGCGAGAUGGGAGUCUGUGGAAGCACACUGGGACUGGAUCCGGAGCGAGGGCAACUCCCGCACCAUGGCUGCUUUGGAGGAACAUAUCAUUCCCCAGGACACGGUUCUAUUCCAUGUUGGACAUCCAGCGGUGAACUGGAAUGGCAUCUUUGGUAGAAUAUCUGGUUUGGCUCAGCGUGGACUCUGUCAGCUGCUUGACAGCCCGGUUAUCAGCGUUGAAAAGAUGUCUGUUAAGCGUGGGAACAAGGAGGCGUUCGAUGCUGAGUUUGGCAAAGUCCUGGGGGUUCUGCAGGAGUAUGCCCGUCCUCACCUAGUGCAGUCCGCUUGGCGACAAGACCUGGAAGAAGGUGCUGAGGAGGAGUUCUUGGUAAUCUGCGGGUGGGACAGUGUCGAGCAGCAUCGCGCAUUCGCUAACAGCUCUGAAUUCUCGAAAUACAGCGAGAUCCAGAGGCUCAUUUCGGGGUUCGAGCUCAAGCACUAUAAGCACCUGUCGUUGGAGUAG